GCUCACAGCUCGACGCUGGUUCCAGAUCCACUAACCCUCUGACAAAUGUUUCCGAAUGAUAUUCCAACAUGCUCCCCGCGCGGCUCCCUCUCCCCCCCCCUCACUUUGACUGUUUCCCUGUGUGCUUUCUCAGACAAGAGGUCACCACUCGUCAUCCCGCUCCCUCUGUCUGCUCCAGAUAUUUACAGCUCGCCCUGUUGUUGUUGCAGCUUCAUGUUGUGGAUGAUUUGUUGGGUGAAGUGUCGAGCGUGGAGGUUGAAGGUCAUCCACGGAGCAGAGAGAUCCCAGAACGUUGGACUGAACCUUGGAUUUCCACCUCAGAGACAUGAGGGACAAACACCGAGGAGAGGACUCGUGUUUCCAGAGACAUGGACUCGUUUUCGUUGGAAUAAUCCAUGUGUGAACUUGUUAACUGGGCUGUUUCGCUCUGACCUGAAUGUAAACCGGGGAUUAGUCGUCUCGUCAGAGUUCUUGGUGAGAAGCCGAGGCUGGUUUUGCUCCUGGCAAACUCGGAAGAAAGAAGUGGGAAGUAAACUUUGCCGCUUAUUCCCUCAGAGAACGAAGCCUUUGCCGUAUUUGUUUUGGCAAAGAAAGUUGAAGUGAUUAAAAGGCUAAUUUACUUGGACGGACUUCAAGGAAAAGAAAGGAAAAUAAAACAUGCUGCAUCUACAUUUGUUGCUGUAAUGGAUUUGGACGAGCUCUGCUGCUCAGCCCAGGAGGAGCACGUUGCUUCUGUUGUUUAUCUACCUUAAAAUCAUCUCAUCAAAGGAUCCAAGAACUUUGGGAUUAUGGAUCUCCGUAGGAGAACUAAGCCGAACAAGCUACGUCAUAAUUUGGGCUUUUUACAAGAUGCAGCGUCAGAGGGGAGAAGCAGCGGUGACGCGAUGGCGAGGGCGGCGAGGUCUCGUGCCUCGCGGGAGGAGAAGGUUCCUCAGUUUGGUUCCAGUUCAGACGUUUUGUGGCCUCGGCGACGGUGUGUUUCCAUGGCAGCAGGGCUGUUACUGGCUGCUGUGUUGGGGCUGAUCCAGGCCUGGUGUGUUAAUGCCAUACAUGAGAAUCUGCUGUGGUUCUCUCAGCUCAUGGAAGUGGAGCGUGAGAUUUCCUUUCGGACCGAGUGUGGACUUUAUUACUCGUACUACAAGCAGAUGUUACACGCCCCGUCCAUUCAGGAAGGCCUCUCAGAUUUGAUCCAUGACAACCUGACCGAGUCAAAAAGGAGCAUUAACCUGCUGCAGAGGAUGAAUAUCUACCAGGAGGUUUUCCUCUCUGUUCUCUACAGACUGCUGCCCAUUCAGUCAUACCUGGAGCCAGUGUAUUUCUACAUCUACACUGUGUUCUCGCUCCAAGCGGUGUAUGUGAUCGCUCUGUACCUCACCGCGUGGCUCCUGUCCGGUUCCUGGCUGGCUGGUGCACUCACUGGCAUCUGGUACAUCCUCAACAGGGUUGACACCACUCGAGUGGAGUUCACCAUCUCGCUCAGAGAGAACUGGUCUCUGCCCUUCCUCGCGCUGCAGGUCGCUGCCGUCACCUGUUACCUCAGGCCUCAGCUCAGCGCUUUACAGCAGAAGGUGAUGGUGUGGUUGAUGUAUGUGACGACGUUCUGCUUCUGUCUGACGUGGCAGUUCAACCAGUUCAUCCUCCUCGUCCAGGCUCUCGUCAUUUACACCCUGGACUGUCUCGACUUCAUCACCACCUCGCAGGUGACCACUCUGUACCUUGUUCAGCUGAGUGGUCUGCUGAGUGUGUGGCUCGUGCAGUUCUGUAACUCCAUGAUUCUGGGGUCACUGGUCGUGAGCUUCAUCGUCGCUGCGCUCUUCAUCAGACACUGUCAGUCUUCUCUGAAGACAGGAAGUCCGCUGACUCGCGUGGGGAAGCUCCUCCUCCACAGCACCAUGGUUCUGCUCCUCACCGUCACCAUCAACUACCUGGCCAAGAAAGUACUUCAGCUCAGAUCAGAUGAGCACAUCUUUAAAUUCAUCAAGUCAAAGUUUGCCUUGGGGCAUACCAGCAGGGACUUUGAUGCCAGUCUGUAUCUGUGUGAAGAAGCCUUUGGACGUCUGCCUCUCGACACUCUGGAGCGACUUGCUGCGACUCUCCUGCUCUACCCCUACAUCCUCACACUGCUGCUGCUCAGCGGCACGCUGGCACUGGCCGCGCUGCACAACCUCAGCAGGUCUCAGGAGAGGAAAGCAGCCUCAGAAGGCCACGCGGUGGCUUUACGUGCAGACGUGGCCUACAACGUCCUGCACACUCUGUUCUUUGGCCUCGUGGCCUUCAGCACCAUGAGGAUGAAGUACAUAUGGACCGGUCACAUGUGUGCGGUGGCGGCCUACGGCGUGUGCGGGACAGAGCUGUGGACGCUGCUUCUCAACACUCUCCGCUGCAACAGUAAAUUUCUGUUACGCCUCGUCAGAUUUGCUCUUCCACUGGCAAUGAUCGGCUGCCUGUAUUACAAGUUCUGGCCUAAGCUGAUGGAGGAGUUAUCAGAACUGAGGGAGUUUUAUGAUCCAGACACUGUGGAGCUCAUGACCUGGAUUAGCACAAAGACUCCUAAGCGGGCCGUGUUUGCAGGGAGCAUGCAGCUGCUGGCCGGCAUCAAGCUGUGCACAGGCCGAGUUCUCACCAACCACCCACAUUAUGAAGAUAAAGACCUGCGGGAGAGGACCAGACAGGUGUAUCAGAUUUACGCUCGCCGCUCCCCCGACGACGUCCACGACAUCAUGACGGCGAUCGGCGCCGACUACGUGGUUCUGGAGAACAGCAUCUGCUACGAGCGCAGACACGGACGCGGCUGCAGACUGAGGGACCUGCUCGACCUGGACAACGGACAUAUCAUGGACGGACCCGGAGACAACGACCCGGACCUGGUCCCGGCCUCCCACCCUCGAUUCUGCGACGCCAUCAAGAGCGACGCGGCGGCGUCGGGUUACGCCGCUCGCUUCACCAGGACGUUCCAGAACAAAACCUUCCACGUGUACCGGGUCAAGAAGAGACGCAAGAAAAGUGCCAAGAACCCGGCGACCGAGCCCGGUGCCACUCGAGAGCGGGAGAAUGACAAAUGAAAAACGCUGUCAGAGGUUAGGGAGGAGGAGGAGGAGGAGGAGGAGGAGGAGGAGGAGGCGAGCUCUGGCUGUUCCGCCGUCUCCUCUCUGCACAGAACCCAGCUGUGAUCAUGGCCAUUAUUUUUUAACACAUAUCUCUGUAAACUGUGGUGUUGGAGCAGCGGGUCACUUCCAGCUCGGGGCUGCGCUGUUUUAGUUAGAGCAGAGUUGGAGCACCUACUGCUCCUCCUCCUCCUCCUCCUCCUCCUCCUCCUCCUCCUCCUCCUCCACCUCCACGUUAUUACAGCUCCAGGCUGCGUGUGUGUGCGUGUGUGUGUGUGUGUGUUUCCACACUAGCCUCAUAAAAGAAAACGCAGGAUUAAAUUCAACCUUUUUCUCUGAGCAUUUGUCUGGAUUCGACAUCUAAACAGGAACUUUGAACUUUUUGUUUUUUUCUCUACGGAGCUCCUCCCCCUCGUGUCGACCGCUGCGUCGUAAAAAAAACUCCCCUCUCCUGGACACGUGUGUGCGUUUGUUUUCAACGGAGCUGGCGAACACAAGCCGUGGAGCCACUCACUCUCCCACACCAAAGCUCACAGAGAAAACCAGUGAUUUUAGCUGCUGGUCCUCUGCUGCCUCGUGUGGUCACUUUGUGUCACUGAGGUCAAUCUGAAUGCAGGAUGUCUAAGGCCGUAGUGACAAAACAAGACAUUUGAACUUUGUGAUGGAGGCAGCAGUGGAUCAACAACUCCUGUGUGUGUGUGUGUGUGUGUGACGUUAAAAUCACUGAUUUUCUCUAUGGGCUUAAAUUAGGAUUAAAAUCCUUUAACAGUGAAACAGUCGACACACUGGUCCACACUUAUAUAAGAUUAACAUAACAUAAAGAUUAGCAUGUAUUAAUAUAUAUAUAUAAAUAUAUAUGUAUUUAUAUAUAUGUAUAGACGUGAGUGGAAACUAUGGAAACUAACUACAAUUUGAAUAUUUGACCGUUUUAUUCCUUAAUUAUUCAAAUUUUCUGAACUCGGCGCAUUCAAUAAACCUCGUAAAUGUCAUCACUUCUUCAAACUAAACCACACUAACUAAACACUUGCUGCUGCUGCUGCUGCCACCUUGUGGUCAUAGAUAUUAUGCUCACCAGCAUUUAUGAGUGUGAUAAAAUCACAGAAUCACCUUUAACAACCACCAGAUUGUUGUUUAUUAACUCUCGUUAAUCCAACGACGCUGGUUUAAUCUGAGCGUCACCAGGGUUUUUACAGAAUGUUUUUCUUUUCCUUCUUUAAAAGGAGAAAAUGUUCAUUAUUUGCCAAAAUAAUCUUAAACAAUUAAAUGUGUAAAUUGCCAAAGUACGGAAGAGUGUUAGUGCCACAUGUUCUUUAGGGUUAGAAUUCUGACGUUAAUCUCAGAAUUCUGACGUUAAUCUUAGAAUUCUGACGUUACAAACUAAAACAGAUGGAAACGAUCUGCGUCUUUUUUGUGCGGCGUCUUGUUUUUCUGAGCUCACAGCGCCCUCUGCUGGACCACGUGGUUAUUACUUCAGACUAUUCUGAUACAUUUAUUUUCUUGAACUAAAUGUAUCCACAUUUCAGAUUAAAAAGUGACAAAGUUCUGAUCGUCAGAGCGACAACGUAAUCCCGGGUAUUUAAUCCAACACAUGAGGCUGAAUCAAUUAAUCCGUCGAACAUUUUCAUAAUCGAUGAAUCUACGGAUUAUUCAUCUGUCAAUUAUUUUCAAAAUGUAUUAACAUGAAUAAAUCAUUUUCAUAUUUGAUCUAUCUGUAGAAUAUUUUCAUUAACUAAUAAUCUGUUUGAUAUAUUAAUAAUAUAUUAAUUUAUGGAUUAUUUCCCUGGAUUUCCUGGUUGUCUGACUCUCACAAUAAUUUGUCCAAUAUUUUCAUAAAAUAAUUGUCAAUCAAAUAUAUUCAUAAUCUAUGAAUCUACAGAUUAUUUUCCUGGAUUUUUCAUUUUCAAAAUUGAUUCAUCUGUCAAUUAUUCUCAUAAACUAAUAAUCUCUCGAAUACAUUCUUAAUCCAUUAAUCCAAUCUGUCAAUCAUUUAAAAAAUGCAUUAAUCUGUGGAAAAUUUUCGUAAUUGAUUAAUCUAUGAAUUGUUUGGUUCAUCGAUUUAUCGAUGAUAAAAAUGGUUGACGUAGAUUAUUGGAGCAGACGCAAGAAUCUGAUGUUUGAUGUUGUUCUGUGAUUCUCUCUGAGUCACACACACACACACACACACACACACACAGGAAUAAUGGAAGUGCUGAGGAAAUGACAGCGGGGGAACAGCGGCGCUUAUUCUCUGCCACGCAAUCCAACAUCGUCUGAGAGAAAGACAGAAACUGAGAGAGUGUUAAUCUGUCUCUGAUAAUCUAAAUCUUCACAAACUCAGACUCAUCCAGGUUUUUAGUUUUCUGUGUUUGUGAAGUCAUGAAUACAAAUGAUCUCCUCCUCUUCCUCUCCCUCCUCCUCUUCCUCUCUGCCUGUUUCAUUUCUCUGAACUCAGAUUUCUUCAUUUCAGAAACACAGAUUCAUUAUAUUUGACUAAUAAGAGACGACUGACGCAGCAUUCAUUUACAUUUAUAUUAAGUUUAUUGAGAAGUUCAUUCAUUCAUUCAUUCAUUCAUUCAUUCAUUCCCAUUCUUCAUUUGGAGCUUGUUUCACGGCCUCGUCAUGUUUGUGUCGGGAAACUAAACGAACCUCGUGCAUUUUAUUAUGAAGAAAAACACAAACUUCACUUCAACAAAUGUCAUAAUAUUCAACUUAAACGUCAGGUUUCUGGACUUUUCUUCUUCAAAAGUGCCAACAGCGCCACCUUGUGCAUGUAAUCAUCCGUCACAACAAAACUGAACGUAAAAAUCACACGUCAAGAUAUUCGUGUAAAUAACAAUCGUGAUUACGAUCAAGUGUUAAAAUGAAUUUUAAAAAAACACAAAAUAAUUGCGAUUUCUGACUUUUUUACGUAGCUGAAGUAGCAAUCGUUAGCUGGCCCACUAAAAAAAUAUUCAUGCCACAACUUCUUUUGGACGUCUUUUCUUCUUCUUUGUUGUUUUUUCAAAAGUCGGCUUCUGUAACGUUGUAACAGCGCCACCAUCUGGACGUAAUCAUCCAUUACAACAAUGAAACUGUGAACACGAAAAUCACACGUGAAGAUAAAAGUGUAAAUAACGACUCAGCGUACGAUCAAAUAUGACCAGCGAAAAACCCACAAAUAUUUAUUAAACCCAACAAUUUGUAAACGUAAAAGGGGCGGAGCCUUCUGGCUACACUCUGCAGUGUUUUGGGGGGCGGAGCUUUGAGUGGAUUGCCAAUACAAACUGCUAACGCUAACAAAUGAGACGAAAUGGAAAUGAAUGUUAGAAUUUUGCUGUAUUAUUGCGAUAACUGCAGUGUUGUUUUUUUUUCUUAAGGGAUUCUUGUUUUCUACUUAAAAGGUUAACUAAAAAAAUAAAUACGGAGAUAGUGCAUUUUUUACAAUUUUUGCCUUGCUGGAAAAAUCCACCACAAACGUGAUGUUUUUUUCUGGUGAUUUGAGAUGAAACUGUUGUUUUUCACGUGUAUAAACGUGUAUAAAUGUAAAUAUCGUGAUGUUUGUGAGCGUCUGUGUUCGUUUCUCUGCUCAUUUCUUCGUCUUUGCCUCGUGUUUUUUCUACUUCUACGUCACUUUUUUUCCCGUCAGACAUCAAAUGUUUACGUUAUGAAACAAACGUGUUUACGUAAGAUUUGUUCAGUCGCAGAAUCAUCAAUAAAAAUGUUUCUUUUUUCCAAA